AUGCCUCACUCCAAGACACCCGGCGGCUCAGGCGCCAGCGAGAAGUUCCUGAAGCAACAAGCUGAGAAACAAGGCGAAGGUGCAUCCAAUGCGGGCGGCCAUACCGAGGGCAAGGCACCGGGAGAAGCACCCGUAGCUUCUGACUCUGGCAUCUCGGAUGUGGGAAUUGAAAAAGGGACGAACCAGCCUGGAGAGAAGGGGAUUCUUGGGCCUAAGAUGGAUCCUGUGCCUGAUAGCUCGAAAGAUACGAGGGGGGUUUGA